UUUGGUGACGUGUUGACUGAGAGUGUUGCGUUUGCGAGUUUGCUACUUGGCCACACGUGUGUUCAACCUAUUGACGCGAGAGGCACGGGGGCCACCAUGAGGCUGCUACUGGUGCUGGCGGCUUGCUGCUCGGGCUGCCUGGCCGCCAGGGUGCUGGGGCUGUUCCCCACGCUCAGUCGCAGCCAGGCCACCUCGUUCACGAGCCUCAUGAAGGGGCUGGCGGCCAGGGGUCACCAGGUGACGGUGGUCAGCGCCUUCCCGCAGCCCGCCCCUCUCGCCAACUACACCGACCUCGACAUGAACAUCGACGGCGACGGUCUCUAUGCCGCCGUCAUGAAGGGGCUGAUGGCGCGAGGCGGGGACCGCUCCUGGAACCCGGAGAUAUUCAGGCGCACCCUCUCGACGCUGCAGAUGACCGCGGAGAUGACAGACAUGGCGCUGAUGAACCCGGCCUUCCAGCAGCUCCUCAAGUCCUCCGACUCGCAGUUCGACCUGGUGGUGCUCGAAGCCUUCGCCAGCGACGCCCUCCUUGGCUUCGCGCACAAGUACAACGCCUCGGUCGUGGCCUUCUGCCCCUCGGCGGGCUACCCCUGGGUGCUGGACUCGGUGGGGAACCCGCACCCGCCGUCGUACGUGCCCAGCGUGUUCCUCCGGCUGGACCGAGGGAUGUCCCUGUGGCAGAGGGUCGUCAACAGCCUGCUCGAGGUGGGGCUGAAGCUGCUGCGCGAGUGGUACCUGGUGCCCCAGCAGGACCGCGUCAUGCGCAAGCACUUCGGCCACCUGGAGGGACUGCCUCACGUCUCGGAGCUGCAGGCGAGGACGUCGCUGCUGCUGCUCAACAGCCACGCGGCCUUCCACCCGCCCGUGCCCUUGCUGCCCCACGUGGUCCCCGUGGGAGGGCUGCACCUGCGGCCGCCGGGCCGGCUGCCCAAGGAACUGCGGCGGUUCAUGGACGGCGCGCAGAGCGGCGUGGUGUACUGCUCGCUGGGCGCCGGCCUGCGCAGCGCCGACCUGCCGGCACGUGCCAGGGACGCCCUGGUGCGCGUGUUCUCCAGAGCCAAGCAGCGCGUGCUCUGGAAGUACGAGGAGGCGCUGCCCGACCAGCCGGGAAACGUUAAGACCGGAACGUGGUUCCCGCAGCAGGACGUCCUAGCUCACCCGGGCCUGAAGGUGUUCGUGACAUCGGGCGGCCUGCUGAGCCUGAUGGAGGCGGCGGACCGCGGGGUGCCCGUGCUGGGGCUCCCAGUGACUCUGGACCAGCAGCUGAACCUGAAGAGGGCACGCGAGGACGGCUACGCUGUCACCGUCGACCUGGCCAACCUCACCGAGCACAGCCUCGCCCGCGCACUGGGCAGGCUGCUGCGCAACCCCAGGUACCGGCGCGCAGCCCAGGAGCGCUCCCGCCUGCUGCGCGACCAGCCACUCAGCCCGCUGGAGCGCGCCGUGUGGUGGACCGAGUACGCGCUGCGCCACGAGGGCAUGCCACACCUGCGCUCCGCCGUGCUGCACCUAGGCUGGGCACAGAGCCUGCUGCUGGACGUGGCGGGCCUCGCCCUGGGCUCCGGGCUGCUGGGCGUCGCCCUGGCCUGGCACCUGCUGCGGCGGAGGCUGAGUGUGGAGCGGCGAGCCCCGACGACAACCAACACCCAGUCACAACGUGACUCGUCACCAAGUGGACUAAAAAAAAAAGGAGACGAUGACCGACACAAUUCUCAGUAAACACCGUAAAAUGAGGUGAAUAGAGUCUGUUCAAAAAAAUAAUCAUGAAUAAAUCUAUUAAUU